UUGUCACGUGACAAAGCACAACCACAAGUGCCUCUCUGUGCGUUUAUAAGAUAUGUGCCCUCCAUCCGAAACUAUGAAGAUAACGUAGCAACCAGUACACAAAAUAUGGCAUGUGUCUCAGUUUCACAAAGUCUGCGAGAAGAUUUCUUAACCUGCAAGAUAUGUUUGAAUAUCUUUGACUCGCCAAAGAUCUUAAGUCCGUGUCUCCAUACCUACUGCAAGGGGUGCAUUGCAAAGCUCAUAGAGCGAUCUCAAUCUGAUUCCAUCCUCUGUCCAGAAUGUCAAAGACCGGUCAGAAUCGCAGACAAAAACCCAGAGUCCCUCCAAGACAAUUUCUUUGUGAAUGGCCUGGUUGACGCUUUUUCAAUCGACAACUGCUCUGUGUGUAAAUUACGAGGAUUCAGCAACUCGGCAAGUCAUCAGUGCCUUGACUGUGGUGACAGUCUCUGCAGCAACUGCUCUGCCGGCCAUCUUGCCUCCAGGACAACAGUGAACCACAGAGUUGUGCCCCUUGAGGAUGUAGCUUGUGGGAAGUAUGAUGAUGAGAUCAUCAAGAGGAAGCACCUGUACUGUGUUGAACACAGGGACAAGGAGUGUUCCAUCUAUUGCAAGUCCUGCAGCAAACCUAUCUGUGUCCAGUGUGCUCUGAUUGUCCACAGGGACCAUGACCUGUCCAGCCUGGAAGACGGCUCAGCUGAUGCGGAGGAGGUUGUCCAUUACAUAGUCCAAGAGAGUCAGGAGCUUCUGGAAAACCUUGGUGUCCUUUGGAAGAAGGUGCUGACUGAUCAAGGGAAGAUUCAAGAGGAACAACAGAAUGCAGUCAAUGAGAUUGAAAUCAAAGCUGAGGAAAUCAUACAAAACGUGAUUGCGCAGAAAGACUUGGUGGUUGCCCAGAUACACAAGGCUUAUACGGACAUGUUGAAUGAGGUUGCUACUCUGAAAGUGGAGGUGGACAAUGCAGGCAGAUCGGCCAGGAAGAUGGUUGACACCACCAAUGUUAUUGUGCAAGAGAGAAGUGGAGCUGAACUCCUGCUCCUCACAGAGACCCUGAAGCAGGGAAUGUUGCAGGUCCAGGAUGUCUACAAGAGACUUCAGCACAAAACCAUCCCUCUUGAUGUGCAGAUUUCCUGGAAUGUGGAUCCAAGGGCGCAUGAUGUUCUGAGUAGGUCAGUCUUUGUCGUGAAGGACCGAUUUAAUGAACACAGACCUCCACCUGGCAUGAGUAAUUGUGUACAAGAUGUUUCCUUCUCAAAUACAGUAUCAGCAGCAGCAUCAUAUGCAAGUCUUCCAACAGAUAUUCCCAGGAAUUCUCCUGAAUUAGUGAUGAACGGAUCAAUGACCCCAGCGAAGAAAUACCUAUCAGUCAGUUCGUCGUUCUUGUUUCAACCUUUGCAGUCACACACAGUUACAGCAAGUCCUGAGGACCAAACUGCAAGGCUUAAGAAGACUUUACAGCAGUACAAAAUUCUGGAUCCUCCAACUGUGAAACCAUCUGAAGGUGCUGCUGCUGCUGCUGCUGCUGCUGCUGCUGUUUCUCCAUCUACUGCCUUACAGUUGUCUCCUCCACAGCCAAGGGUACGAACCUACAGUGACGUGCUGAAGCAUGCGUCGGUUGCUGUUGUUCCAUUCAAACAGAACAGCCAUUCAUCAAGCAUUAGUCUUCAAUGGAUUUCGGACUUGAAGGUGUCGGUGAAGAAAGAUUCUUCAGAAACGGAAAUCUUAGGUUUAGCUUUCUUUGGUUACGACAGGAUUAUUCUGACUGAUCAAGGGAAUAGUAAAGUCAAAUCCUUGGUCAAAGAUGGCACUACUCUGUUUGUGAAGGAGUUUUCUGAGAAUGGUAAAUCGCCAUCUUCAAUCGCUUCUAUCAAGGAUGUCAUAGCAUUUGUAAUCCAGAAUGUGCUAUAUGUUGUGACAAAGCAGUAUGUCACAAUAGCAAGGGUUGUGUUGCCCUCGACAGCCCAAGAGGAGGAGAAUGCAUCAUACCCUUUGUGUUGGUAUGAUGAAGAAUCUUUCCUUGUCAGCAAUCUCUCUGGCAACAAGCAGUGGGUCAUUAGAGUGAGCGGGGAGCACGUCUAUGAAUUCCAGUGUCCUGCAAGGUCCCCAGUCUUUGCUGUUGCCCGGGAUUUCGGCAUGAGGUACCUCUACAGCUCAUGGGGUCAACCAGGUUCGGUCGUGGUCGUCGACUCCAACUUCAAACGUCUCCUGGUACUCCGCCCCAACAGUAGAGAGACAGAUGAGUGGUACCCUGGCUAUGCUGCUUGUGAUAACGCUGGGAAGUUCUAUGUCUGUGACACGAACCAGGCCCAGAUCCUGGUGUUCAACAGGUCUGGCAACCAGGUGAUGAGCUAUUCCACUGAGGCUGAUCACCUCUUGAUGCCAUUGUGUCUCCUCAUUGACAAGAAGGACACCAUGUUUGUAUCGGGGAAGAACAAGGUGUGUCAGUACAAGAUCAGACGGACGAAGUCUUUAAAGUGACAGGGAUGGAACAGCCUCCCAUCAUCAACUGGAUUAACGAUAAGUCUUGGAAGCAUGAUUUGGGACCGUCCAUUUGAUAUUCUCAGGGGAGGGCUUGUUUUUUUUGUCUUGUUUUUUUCAAAAUAAUAUGAUCCAUUGUUCGUUGAAAAAAGGUGUCUUGAAAAAUACAUGAUCGAGCUCCUUUCACAGAAAAACUAUUUCUAGACGCAAAUAAUAUCCCCUUAGAACAAAACUCCCAGGUCUCAUUACCCCACCCAUCGAUUAAAUGGCUGGUCGCUAGAUUAAAUUGAUUACAAUAGAUGGAUUAUGAUCUUGAAUGAACAAUAUCCCAGUUAUGAAUUGAUGAACCCACCAGAAAGUAUGAACAUACUUUAAGGGCAGCUGUUAAUUAGUUGAAUCUAGUCUUUGUUGAAUGAAAAUAUUAGCCCCAGAGUUGCUGGCGUCAGUGAAAUAUUUUGAAAUAAACAACACAAUACCAUCA